UCAAAUGCAGAGAACAAAUUUUACACACUUGACAACUAAUGGGACUUCAAUCUUUAAUAAAUAAUUCCAGAAGUCUCUACAUCUCAAAAGAAAGGUAGACAACUUAAUUGAAGUUUUUCAUUCCUGCUCUCCCAUCCUUCUUUCAGAUCUGAUGUCAGGAGCCAACAACAGGUGCAGCCAGACGUGGUCGUGCUGUCGGAACAUCUGGGGAACUUGAACAGGUUUGGAUCGGUUGCAGAGUCAGCAAGACAACAUUUGGUUGUAUCUGCAAAUCGUCUCCUACGGUUUGAGGAUGAAACAGAAAAAGAGGUGGAGAUUCGUUAUUUGGAGCGUUGGAGCCAGAGGAGACAGGAAAUGCAGCAGAGACCAGGAGUCCUGGUGUCCAAACCGGACCUACAGUGUUUGAAAGCGACUGCAGGACUGGAGCAUAGACAGGGGAAGUCUACUGCUGUUGGGAGGCUGAGAGGACAAACAGUGAUGAGAGAAUUGGGUAAGGUUAACCCAGGUGUGAGGGUGUCAGGGGGAGGAGUCAUACUAGACCUGAGCCUCAAUGAAGACCCCCCAAUGAUUGGAGAGAGGGAAAGGAGCCUAAACAGGAAGCAACUGAGGCUGCGGACAGAGCCGCUCAGAGAGACCUACAUCGGCUGUGUCACGCCUUCUAACACAGGAAGAAAAGGGGAAAUGACAUGUCGGGAAUCGUGUGCACAAGUGAGACAAAGGACCACUCACAGGGAGUUGUUUGGAUCUCCGCAGAUUGCCUCACAACCUCCUCUAACCACAGAUCCACCAACAGGCUCUGAAUCCCUCUGCAGUGAAGCUCCACAUGUUCAGCGUCCUGCUUCAUGCUCUCCCUCAUUCAGACGCCCAUCGUCUCUAUCCAGUCCUUCCAUAACAUCAGUGAUGCCACAGAGGAGCACGUCCAAUUCAGGGAAGCAGGGAAAGGACUUGAACCAGAAUCAAGACAGACAAAGAACACCUUCCUGUCAAAGGGUCCACAGACAUCUUAGAACCGGGCCAGAACUCAUGGAGAAGGUCCCCCAUCUGGAGAAGAGAAGCCUGGAACUAAAGCCUCCCCCCAGACCCUCCUCAUCAGGAACGAGUUCAGAGAUGAAAGCAGGUAACCAAACUCCUCCGUCUCUGGCCAUCAGGGAUGGAUCCUCCAUGAAAUCACUGAGAUCUGAGUUUCCCCCAGAGGAUGACUCGCAUCCUGACCGACUGAGCAGGAGUCGAACCCGCAGUCUCGAUCGACUUCCUUCAAAGACCCAACGCCCUGUGAACGGUCCGACCCCUCUAGGAGACCUGAGGUCCUGCAGCUUCCUGAAGACACCCCCCUCUGUUCGGUGGUUCUGUGAGGGCUCAAACAUCUUCCCAAUGACAAAGUUCUCCUCCGUUUUUAAUGUUUGGUCAGAACAGAACUGUUCUAGUGAUAGCAAAUCAGCUGAUGACCAUUGAGCACUUCCUGUUGAGCCUUUAACAGAGGAGCUCCAGUGUUUAUGCUCUUUGAUUUACGGUAAUUUUUUAAUUGCUAUCACGAUAAUUCCAGUAAAUUCUGAAGGAGAAAAACGGAGUGAGCUCACGCCGUUUUUCUCCUUCAGAAUUUACUGGAAUUAUCGUGAUAGCAUGAUGGUCCCGCCCGGACCAGGGUCCGAUUGGGUGUAAUCAUACUGAAAAUUGGUUCUGGAUUGUCAGAGAAAACAAACGGAUUCACUUUAAGCAAACCAAAUGUGUCCAGUCUGAAUACACCCAAAAUGUUGAAAUCGUGUAACACAA